AAAAAUGUAAAACCAACAUAGCAAAAGCUUUUGCAAAAACACAAAUAGCACAUUUCAUUAUGAAUUUGUAAUAGUGCAUGCUUAGUAAUUGAUAUAAAACUCAUACAGCUGUAAAACGGAUAGGUUUUGCGAUUUUAUCCUUACCUUCGAAAAUACCAAAACUACCAUAUAGCAAUUUCAGAAGCAUAUUUAACAAGCUCCCUUUUUAAAAAUGUAUUUAGAUUUGAGCUUUUUACAGAUCUGUAUAACCCAGAGAAUGCAUCUUCUUAUUCAGCUGUUUCGUCCUUCUAUGACUCAUCAAUGAAUUUAGGGACACCAGGCAACUGUUUCGUCCUUGUAGGACUCUAUAUCGGUAACUGGUAUGAAAUACAGAGGUUUUAUGUUGGAUUUGAGGAUAAUACCAAAUGCACUGAAGCGAAUUAUCAACUGAAAGAGGAUGGGCACAUCCGGGUGGAUAAUAAAUGUAUAUCGUUGAAAGACGAUGGUAAGGUCAUCGAAGCGAUAGGAGACGGUUAUGUUCCUGACAAAACACAACCGGCAAAACUUGAAGUGAAAUUUGCAGAAGGUGCCCCGUACGGUAAUUACUGGAUACUGGACACGGAUAACGCCAACUAUACGCUGAUCUACUCCUGUAAGGAUGUUCUCGGCCUAACACAUGUGGAGUUCUGUUGGAUUCUGUCACGGGAGAGAACUCUAGCGUCUGAAACGAAGGAAAAACUUUAUCAAAAGCUGUCUGGUUUUGGAGUGAAAACUGACAAUUUUUUGACAACAGAACAGACGGAUUGUUAAACCCUUUUUUUAUGUGGCCUGGUGUUGUUAGAAAAUUAAAUGAAUAACAAAUGAU